AUGAACAAUGAUCGGGGCGAUCGACGGGACACGCGCAGAGGAGGAGGACGAGAUUGGCGAGGUAUGGACUUUGGAGCUUUCAAUGGUCGCGAUGCCGAACGACCCAAAUGGGCGCCUGGACAUGGCAGAAAUCCUGACCUUGAGGAUGAAAGUUUUGCAGCUGUGCUUUUCGAGUCCUCCAGCAUUUGCCGACGUGGAGCGAUGCUGUAUCCUCAUGUUGGGGAGUUGACGGUGUCCUUCAAUGGCGGCAAGGAUGCGUGUGUCGUGCUGUAUCUCUGGCUUGCAGUGCUGCUGGCCAUGGAUGAAGAGCUGCCAGAAACACCGCAAGUGAUCUUUUUUGACUCUGGCGAUGAGUUUAGCAAAGUGAAGAGAUUUGUGACAUGGGUUGUGAGAAGCCUGGACUUGGAAAUGAUCACUUUGCAGCAUCAGUCCUUCCGUUUGGGCAUGGAAUCCCUAGUAGCAAACAAUGUGAAGGCGGUGGUGAUGGGUCAACGCAGCGUCGAUCCAUGGAUGGCUGGGGUCGAUGCAUUCACACCCUCCACAGAUGGAUGGCCAGCAUUUAUGCGGAUAAACCCCAUCAUGAAGUGGUCCUAUCAUCACGUCUGGGCCUUUCUGAGGCAGUUUGGAUUUCCCUACUGCGAACUCUAUGACCAAGGCUAUACCUCCUUGGGUGGUGUGGGCGAUACCCUGCCAAACCCAGCUCUUCGCAGGCCGGACGGUAGCUUCGCCCCCGCCUUUGAGCUGGAGGAUGGAAGUUUGGAGCGUGAUGGCCGGACCAAGGCCAAAGUAAAGAAGGAGGCGCCAGAGGUCCUGAGGUGUCCCGAAACCGCCGCGGUGUCUUGA